GCUUCACUUAUUUAGACUAAUUUUAUAGAGCAGUUUUACAACAGACUCUGCUUGUCUGAAAAUCAGUAUAGUAUAUCAGGGUUCCAUUAUUUCGGAUUUCAAUUACCGAUAUUUGAAAUAAGCCUAUUUUUUUCAUAAUGUCAAAAUCUGAAAUUGAAAAACUGGUUGGCACUUGGAAUCAAAAAUUUCAACAAGCAACAGAUUUUGAUUCCUGGGGACAACUAGUGGAAGCAGCGGAUGAAUAUUCAAGAUUGGCACGAAUGAUGAAAGCUGCAACAGCAGUUGAUCAAAAAACAUUUGAUGAAGAUAAAUCUAAAAUAAUAAGAAAAGUUGCUUCAUGCUUGGAAAUUCGAGCAAAAUCAUUGCAAAUGAUGAAAUCACCUCCAGAUAUUGAUUUAGCAGAAAUUAAGAAAUUGUUAGAAGUAAUGAAAAAUUUGCUGAAGAGUAAGAAACCAGAAAUACCAGAGGAAAUAAAUCGUCAGAUGAAAGGUCUAAGAUUAGUAACCACACCAUCACCUGAACCUGUGCCAACAAAUCCAGAAGAAGAAUCAGUAACGCAACUCGCAACAUCCUCAUUUAAUUCACUUCUUCCAAGAUUAAUUGCUGAUCAAAAUGAAACACUAGUGACGGUUCGGAUUGAAAAAAUUGGUUUGAAAGAUGCUUCAAGUCAUAUCGAUCCCUUCUUUGUCGUAUCUUGUAAAGAUAUUGCAGGUGUUGAUUUAUGUCAAUCACAAAAGACACCCACAGCUGCAAAAAGAGACGAUACAUUCCUAUAUUUUGGCAUUGAUGUUGAAAUUCAAAUUUGCAUUGAAAAAAUGUCUAGAAAUUCUGCGAUCUUUUUUGAAAUGAAGCAUUACAAGCCAAACAAACGCAUGACAAGUUUGAAGUGUUUUGCUUUCAUGGAACAAGAUGAAUUGAAACCUGGUCCUUGUGUCAUUGAAUUAUACAAGAAGCCGGUAGAUUAUAGAAGAAAAAAACUUGCGCUUCUUACAUCAAAACCUCUCUAUCUUCAUCUCAAUUUAACUCUUCACACUGGUUAAAUUCUAUAAUCAAUGUUAUGUUCUGAGAAAAAAGACUUCAGACGAUAUCUUCUGAAAUUUUGGUCAAAUUUUAUGCAAUCGUGUUGAAACACAACUGGUAGCGUUUCGUUUUUGAUGUAUUAUCGACGAUAGACGACUUGCUGCAUUUAAUGUGGUAUUUUAAAGACUUCUAACGAAAUGCAAAUGUUCUAUUGCCGGUAUAAAAAUGAUUUAUUUUAUUUUGUUGUCAACAGUCAAUAGUACAUCUAUUUCUUCAAUUGGUAUGUCAUUUGGUUCUUAUUUUUUGGUCACAAACAGGUCAUUCACAACAGAGCUUUACAUUCGGUCGAUCUAAUGAUCAAUGUUCUACCCAAAAAUAAUAACCUGAAAUUUCACCUUAGUCAUGAUGCAAAUUAGUUAACAAUUAAUUUCCAAUGAGAAUUUUUUUUUAAGUUUUUGUCAAAUUAUGAUAGCACUUUGACACUUGUCAUUUCUAAAUAAAACAUUCUUAAUUUGUUUACCUACUUUUUUACAAGCAUCCAGAUGCAAUUUUUAUAUUCUACAAACAUUGUAGAUUUCAUUCAUAUAUUUCUUCUGGUGCUGUUUCCGAUUGUGGUACAUAUUUUAUAUUAUAAAUCUGCUUUAGAUAACAAUUUUGAAUAAAGUUUAAACUGUCAA